AUGGCAAAGGCAGAAAUUCAAGUAGAUUGGUCAGAAAUCCCAGAUGAUAUCCUCCUUAAAAUCGCGCAAACUCUCACAAUCUACUCCGAUUACAUCCGCCUUCGAGCGGUUUGUUCCAAAUGGCGAAUCUCUCUUCCUAUAGCCCCACCUCAUACUCUCCCAUGUCAACUCCCAUGGCUUCUUCUUCCGCCGCCUACUACCUCUAUCACCCCUUAUACUAACUUCACUGUCACUGAUACUGACCCUCGUCGUACUUUCUACAACUUCCUUACUAAUAAGCUCCACACAUUAUCUCUUCCUGAGUCAUCCUACCCUCGUCGAAUCCUUGGUUCGUGCCAUGGAAAUCUUAUACUCACCACUGGUACCCCUGAAGUGUUCUGCCUUAAUCCUCUUAGCAAAUCUAAAGUUUUCCUACCACCUCUUUCGGCUCUUCCUGGUGUCGUCUCCUUCAGGUUUUCAAAUGUUGGUAGAGAAUACUUGAUUCAAGAUCAGUUAACUGGUCAGAUUUACCCUCUUGAGUUGAAGCAAAUGAGGGAUGAUUUCAUUCGGAAACUGGUUCUUUCUUGUCCUCCUUCAAAUGGGUUGCCAUCAUUUGCCUUUGGUAUUACCACUUCUUUUUUGUGUAAAACAACUGAAUUGGUUUUCUGUAACAUCUCUGAAGAUCACUGGGUUUGGGUUCCGGUUUCUAAUUUUACAGCUGAGGAUGUGAUUUACAGUGAAUCUCAAGGUUUGUUUUAUGCUGUUAAUCAUGUAGGGGAUGUUGGGAGUUUCCGAGUUGGUGUUGAAGGGGUUUGUGACAUAACCAUUUGGCAAUCUGUGAGUCUGAUACCAUGUGAUCUGCGGUAUUUGGUAUUGUUUAAUGGGGAGUUAAUGAUGUUGACACGAUGUUUGGAAACAGAAGUUGACAUCAGGACAUACUGUGAACUAUACCGGACAGCAGGGUUUGAGGUGUAUCGGUUUAGUGAGUAUGAACCUGGGCGUGUGUGUUGGGAACCCGUGAAGAGUUUGGGAGAUGGGAUGGUGUUUGUAGGUGAGAGUGCAUCCUUGGCAUUGUCAGCGUCAGAUUUUCCUGGCUGUAAGGCAAAUUGUGUUUACUUCACAGAUGAUCAUUGUAAUAGUAAUGAUGUUGGGGUGUUUGAUUUGGAGGAGAAAUGCAUUUGUUCAUUGCCCUGUUUUCCAGAUAAUGCAAGCUUGCCUUUAUAUUGGGGGUCACCCAUAUGGAUCACUCCUAAUCCACACUAG